AUGGAUCCCUCGCAAGACUUCAAGUCCUUGCAGGAAAAGAUCCAGGCCUCCCUGGUCUCGACCACGAAAGCUGUCCAGCGCAUUGCGAGCGAGGACCUCGGAUUCCAACGGACCGUAAACCCCAGCACCGGCGACCGUCUCGAGGAGCAGUCGACGCGCUUGCUGAGCCUCUCGAGCGACCUACUCAAAUCUGCCGCCGUCGCGACCGGCCAGAAGAAUGUUGGCGAACUGGAGGAUGCAGAGGACGUUGACAUACAGUGGCGUGGCAUCGUGGACGUGAUCGACGGGCUUCUCGAAAAAGCCGACAUUUGCUUGGACGAAUACACUGGCUUGGUCAAGAGGAAGUCGGACUUCCCCGAGAAUGGACCUCAGCAGAAGAAGGCGAAGACGAACGAGCGACUCGAUUUCAAUUUCCGACGCGCCAACAUCAUCAAGCCGCAGACCACCUUCGAGCAGCAAGUCGACAAUUUUGCUGUCGGACCAUGGAAGCCGUUGUUGACCCAAAAACCGCAUGCUAUAGUGCCGCUGGAGGACAGUCUUGGUGUGGCGGUUGACGGAAACAACCAGCAGCAGUAUGACUACACACUUUUCUUACCGUCCCUUACUCUCAACUGGGCAGGCAAGCUGCUCGACGAACUGAGCAAGAGCGCCAGGGGAAAAUUCCACAGAAGGAUUCGAAAGCUGCAGAAUAUGGGUGCCACAAAAGAUACUAACAGCCUAUUCAGGUUCAAGCAUCCCUAUGAGACGGAGAUUCUGAAGUUGAAGUACCCUGAGACCACCUACGAGAUACGGGACCCCAUACCAUACCAGCCGAUGGAUACAACCUCUGCAACAUGGGUUGACACCUACGAAGGGGUUCUAGAAAUGCUGGAAGAACUCAAGGGAGCAACGGAAAUCGCGAUCGACCUGGAGCACCACGACUAUCGUUCUUACCAUGGACUGCUCUCACUUAUGCAGAUCAGCACUCGAGAGAAGGACUGGAUUGUUGAUACCCUGAGACCAUGGCGACACAAGCUUGAGGUUCUGAACGAGGUUUUCGCCGACCCGAAUAUCGUUAAGGUGUUCCAUGGCGCUUUUAUGGAUAUCAUCUGGCUGCAGAGAGACCUGGGCCUGUAUAUUGUCGGGCUGUUCGACACCUACCACGCGAGCUCAGCACUCGGAUACCCCCAGAGGAGCUUGGCGUACCUGCUCAAGAGCUUUGUCGACUUUGACGCAGACAAGAAGUACCAAAUGGCGGACUGGAGAAUACGACCCUUGCCGGAAGAGAUGUUCUACUACGCCCGAUCCGACACCCAUUUUUUACUCUACAUCUACGACAUGGUGCGGAACGAGCUUGUUGAGCGGUCUGACCGCAGUGAUCCAGAGAAGGACCUGAUCGAGUACACGCUCCAGAAGUCAAAGGAGACGUCGCUGGACAGAUACACCCCCUUCGCUGCAGAUCCAGAAACGGGCGAGGGAGCUCGGGGAUGGUCCAACUUCCUUUACAAGAGCCAUAUCAGGCUCAGUGGCGAGCAAUUUGCCGUCUACAGAGCCUUGCACAAGUGGCGUGACGAGGCAGCCCGCCAGCAAGACGAGAACCCAACUUUUAUCAUGCCACCACAAGUAGUGAUGGAGAUUGCCAAAAUUUUACCAAACGAUCCCAAGGCUCUGUGGAGUUUACUCGGGAAUUCGUCAUCACAGAAGGCGAAACAGUCGGUUGAGGAUCUCUUCUCAAUUGUCACUGAAGCAAGAAAGGCCGGAGCCGAGGGACCCAGCACGAUUGAUUUCUUCAGGAGCACGUAUCUCGAUAGUCGCUCGGUUGCGGCCGUGAUGAAGAGGGAGCUUGGUAAGGAAGAGAAGCCAGAGCUGGACCUGCCUCCAGUGGAGGAACUCCGCAGCGAGAAGUCCCAGCUUUUUGGCUCUAUCCCACUGAGCAGUUUAUGGGAUGGCUCGUCACAAUCUCAGAAUGGCGCUGUCAGCGAGCAGAUUGCAUUACCUUGGACACAAUUUGUGCAAGAAGCCGUGGCCGCUGCUUCCCAGCAGGAAACUCUACCCAAAUCCCAAGACCGAGACGAGGAUAUGAUCCCGCUCGAAGUGCCGGAGAAGGUGACUCCUGCGCUUCGGAAGGACCAGGACGUGGAGAACACUGAGUUCACACUGAGACAGGGGCGGAAGCGCAAGGUGGAAGAAACACAGGACGAAGAUUCGGGCGAUGGAGGAGCACCGCUCGAUACGGAAGAAAUGAUAUCCCUCGACGUAGACGAGGGCGGAGGCAAGCGUGACAGGAGAUCAAAGAAAAAGGCCGCCAAAGAAGCCAAAAAUGCGAGGAAACAAGCAAAGGCCGGCUCAACAGGUCGGAACGGCACCGAGCAGGCAGAUGCAGCCGAAGACGAAGAUGCGCCUUUCGACUACAGCCAGGCGCAGUCAGUCUUGAAUGCAAAGAGAUCUGCUGCCGCUGCCAACGGCACUGGGGAUGCUCCGGGUAAGAAGAAGGCCUUUGAUCCCUAUGCGGCGAGGAUGAAUGCCGAGGGCCCCAAAGCAGCCAGACGGAUGCACGGGGAGCGUACGGGCAAGGCAGGGACCUUCAAGAAGUAA